AUGAGAUCUAAUCAUUAAUACAAUUAUAAUUAUAAAUUAGACUAAAUAUUUUAGAGAGAGAAGUAAAUUAUUUAUAAUAAAUAGAUCAUAUGAUCUUCAUUUAAAAAAGUUGAAUGAAAUCAAAACCAAAAAAACCUAAUCUUAAUAAAGAGUAUAACAUUUAGAAACCUUAGAAAAAAGAAAUAACAUUCGAUAACAACGGAGACGUUUUGAUUUAAAUCGUAUCUUUCAUUUAUUUAUUCUCAUAGAAUAAUCAGAGCGUAUAAAUAAGGGUAACAGCUAGUUAUAUUAAAAAAUAACAGAAAUAUGCAAUAGACCAAUGUAAUAAGAUUACUUUAAAUAUGAAGAUGAAAAUCUAUAUCAUCCUCACAAUUUAAAUUUAACAUUACGCAAGAAUCAAGCUCAAUAAAUACAAUAUGAAAAUAUUUAAAUUGCUGAUCGCUUAAUGAAAUAAGAACCAGUCUUGAAAAUAGAGGAAUUCUCACAUUCUUAUAAACAAAAUUAAAGAUUGAUGAUGAGAUUACAACGUUAUCAAUAAUCCUAAAAUUAUAUGAAUAUCAUCAGGUAAUAAACUUAUCAAAUUUUAAAUUAAGAAACAAUAUGACAUAUUCUUAAAGAGAUUCUACUAAUAAUAGUUCAAUUACUUCUAAAAAAAAAGAAAAACAAUAACUUAUAUUUUAACUUUAACCAAUCAUUAAGUAAUAAAACUUAAAUAUUAAUUUUUAGUUUAAAAGCCAAAUCUAAUGAAAUUAAAGGUUUAGAAAAAAUAAAGGAAAUUAAAGAAAAAAUUCAAUAAUAAUAAUAAGAAUUAGAAUAAAUAAAAAAUCAAUAAAUUAAACCAUAAUUAUUAGAAAUAACUUAAAUUAAUGAGGAAUCACAAAUUGAAACCUUUAGAAAAGAUGAAAAUGUAGAAUAAUAGAUAAAAUAAUAAAUUGAAAAAGAAGUUAAAUAAUAUCAAGAGGAAUAAAGUGAUGAUAUUCAAUAAUAAUAAUUAUGA